UGUAACGACUAGUGAAAUGUGGAAGUGUGUGGGUUUAAUGCUCUUUAUAGGGCAAUGGAUCAUAGUAACCUCAGACCCAGUGACCAAUGAAGAUGAAAUUUCACGAUAUGCCCGAAAGGCGGGUGAUUGCUGCCCAUGUCCAGAGUCCACCUCACGACACAGUGACAUAGAACAUAGUGCUUCUGAAAAUGUGAACGUCAUGACCUGCCCUUGUAACUCACGAAAUUCUGAUUCAGACACAGCACCAUCUAUUUUGUCUCCAAGCACUGUCCAAUCUUUUACAAGACAAUCUGAACAAAAUGGAGAAUCAAAGCCAAUACUAGAACCAGAAGGUGAUCUUGCUCCGUCUAUGUUAGAAACUGUUCGCGAAGAUACUGAAGAAGAGCAUCAAGAAGCAAUAUCUCGAGAUGCAGGAAGAAGUGUAAUACAAAGCGUUGACCGCAAUGCGUUGAUUGAUGAUGAAGUUAGUCAAGCAAACGCACGCGAAAAUAUUGACAUGGAUACUGUACCGGAAGCAUCUAAUAAUCAAGAAAGAAGAUGUGUUUCUCCUUCGUCUGAUGAUUAUCGAUUAACCAACAGGGAUUCUUUGUCUAGUGUAUUAGAUAUGAAUUAUGCACCAAGUAACUUAUAUAAUAACUUACACUUACCCGAAGAACUAACUUUUCCUGUGACUCCUGUUCAAGAGCUUUCAUUUUCACCUAGUGAUAUUCAAAAUCGUUUCUUGCCACUUAAUGGAUUGAAUCCUUUUGCAAGAAGGGCAGGGCUGCCCGCACUUUAUACAAGACCAUUAUUAACUGCACAAAGUCCUAUAGAUUUAAAUAAUCUUUUGAAUUUAAGAAAUGUAGAACUUGUUCCUCCACGAAGAGUUGCAAUUGCGAGAGAACCUGAAGAGCCUGAAGAAAUUUCUUAUAAUAUUAUGAACAAUCGCAAUUUUGAACCUGCUACGGAUUCAAGCAUUAAUGUUGUAAACAAAACUCCAAAAAUUUCAAACACUAAUGAUAACUUCGAUUGUGGACCUCAUGGAAGCGAAUCUUCAAUUCCAAAUCAUUCCGGGAACUCUCUUAGAAUGACUGAUCAUUCGACGGAUCAAAAUCGAAACAUUUUCAAUAUAUUAACGUCACCAAAUCAGUCAAAUAAGGAGAAAUAUGUAAGUCCUGAUAUAUCAAUAAGGGAUAACGUAUUAAAAACAUUGGAAGACUUCAGGCAAGCCAAUACCAUGAUGCAUGAUAAUUUACGAUCUAGUUUGGACAAUGUAUUAAAACCGGAAAAUCGAGAACCUUCAAAUUAUUUUAAAGAGGACCGUUCAAGUAAUUCUUUUAAAACUAUUGCAAGCAUGGAAGAUUUACAUGACAAGAUGCUUUUUAAUAAUCACGAAGUCAUUAAAACAAUGGAUAAAUCGAAUAACAAUUUAAAUAACAUGAAUAUAAACCAAAAAAAGUGGGUAAAUGACGAGGAGAACAUGCGAACACCUACAAAAUUCGAUGACAGGAAUGGUGAUUUUGAAAGGGAUUCUUCAAAUCUGGAAACAUGUGUCAUACAUGACCGUUCAAAUAAAAGUCCGCAACAUUUUUAUACUCAAAAUAAUGAAAUGAGAACAGCAGCUAGCGAGCCCAACUACGCACAUCAAUAUUCACAUGAUAUUAAAAAUUUUCGGAAUUCUUUCAGCAAUGUAAUGUCAAACGAUCCUUUAGAGGAUAUAGAUCUUGAUAUUUUUCAGUAUCAACCUGCUUUACACGGCAUCAAUGGUUUAAAAAAUCUUCGAUUGCCUCAACUUAAUAUGAAGUCUUAUAAAGCGCAACUUCACGUACCAAAUUCAUUAAAUUUAAAACCUGUUAAACUGCAAAAGACACUAAGAAGAGGUAGUGAUAUUUUAGGUGCUACUUUAUCAAUGAAACCACACAAAACAAAAAAGGCAUUUGGAUUACUUAAUAAAAAUAUGAGAUCAUCACAAAAUGAACCCAGGUCUUUCGGAAUUCCAAAUAUUGAAGAUAUUCGAUCAUAUUUAGAAAAUAGUGCUCCCAAUAUUUUGAACUUACCUUUCAUGAACCUCGGUUCCCAUGAUGAAUGCGGAUCGGGAAAUAUAUUAGGUAGCGCAAAUGAAAAUUUGAGAUCAUUUGCUGAAAAUGCUAUAGCUAAUGUUCAGGAUACUUUAGAUAAUACGUUCAGAGAAGGUAACAUUAGAGAUAACCCUCUUAUAGGAGAUACAAUUUUAAACCCUAGUGAUGUUAUUGAAACAAUCACUGAAGCACGUGAGGACGCUAAUGAUAAAUUACGUAAUUUUCAAUUAGAUUUGAAUGACAGACUGCAGAGAAUUCAUCAAAGUUUAAUUAGUCAAUCAAGAAUUCCAUCACCAUCAAUCUUACAACACCGUGAAAGUAAACCAUAUACUUCCCGCCUCGAACAAGGUAAAAUUAAAUAUAAUCCCAAUAAAAUGUUAUCAAAUUCUAAGGACAAUAAAUAUGCUUCUACAUUUAGAUCAGUUACUACUUCACAAAAUAGUCCAACUUUUUCAUCAAUAAGUUCAACUUCUCCAAUUAGUCGCCGUACAUCAACUAAAUCUUUAUCUGCAAAUAAAGGCAAUAACUUUGCGCAACUUGGUCAAAAAUUAGACUCAAAACGACCGCUUUCUUUACACGAAAGAUUGAAUUUAGCUAAAGAAAGCAAAGACAUCAUUUCAUUCACUACGAAGAAACCACCAAUACGAGAAUCGUUGCAAAAAAUUAAACCUUUGUCUGCUCGAAACCCUACAACAGCACUGAAAAAAGAAAACCAACCGGCUCAAUCAAGAAGAGUUUCACCUCAAAUGAGAGCAUCACCGAGAAAACAAAUAGGCAGGGAGCCAAAGACAUCACCUAGUGAAGUUAUAUACACAAAAAUUCCUUCUACAAGUAGAAUGUCACCAAAAGAGUCCUUGUGUGAAGAAAAUAAUGAACAAACAUUAGGCGAAUCGUUACAAGUUAAAAGUUCAAGACCGGCUGUAGAGCCAAGACCAAGAAGUUCGGGAAGGAAUUCCAUCUUGCCAAAUAUUGCUGAAAAUACAUUCUUAUCCAAAGUAAAAGAAGCUGUGGCGCCGAAACAUUUGGAACGUGCGGUUUCAAGGAACAGUAAUAAUGAUACACCUUCCAACUAUGAUAUAGCUCUUUCUGCUUCAGAAAUAAAAGGAAAAAGUAUCGAACCAUCCACAGACAUAUCUUUUAAUUGCAAAAUGGUAUGUUCAAAAUCUUGA